UCCUGUAGCCUGAACGUUGCUAGCUGAAUCAAGAAGCAGGCUGGGUGGAGACUGUGUGCUGGAGCUGCUGUCAGCUGGAGCAGUGGCAAGGAGUAAGUGCCUUGUGUGUGCGCGCGCGUGUGUGUGUGUCAGGGAGUGUGUGGCUUACUCCAGGAGACAGUAUCUGAGAAAACCAGCCCAGGCAAAUCCACAUAAGCACAGGAGAAAGGAGGAUCCUCCGGCUCUGACUCUUUUGAAAAAGGAAAUAACAGAGUUCUGGCCGACCACAGAGAAACACCUCAGCAACAGCCUGGAAGAUAACUCACAUUCAGUCCCUGACUUGGUGAGGAGCCUCUGAAACGAGCGAAAUGGCCAGCAACAAUACAGCAAGCAUUGCCCAAGCCAGGAAACUGGUGGAGCAGCUCAAAAUGGAGGCCAACAUUGACAGGAUAAAGGUGUCCAAAGCGGCAGCAGAUUUGAUGUCUUACUGCGAAGCACAUGCCAAAGAAGACCCCCUGCUGUCGCCUGUCCCAGCGUCUGAAAACCCCUUUAGGGAGAAGAAAUUCUUCUGUGCCAUCCUGUAAAUUGCAGGAGCCUAUAGUCGGUGCUCAUCAGACAUUGGACACUGAACAAGUAGAGUUUUCUAGCUGAGGUGCAGAGGACACCUUUCCAAGUCCUCACAAGCAGUGUGACUAAAAAAAGUAAUACACAUAAUUUUUAAAAAUGUCUGGGCGCUACAGGGGUGUGCAUGUCUCAGAGGAACCAUGUGGUUUGCUAGAGAAAUAAAGAUCCAGAAACACAAAUUUCACAUUACAAGUGGGUCUUCAAAGUGUGCAGGCUAGCAGCCCAUGAUGACAGAUGUAGAGUUGUAAAAAAAUAACAUUUUGUGACACUUUUGAAUAAAUAAAGGUUAGCUUUGGUAGUUUAAUGGCAAACAAGAAAGCUCCGCUAAGCAAGCUUCAUGCUGGUGACAACAUUUUUUUGGAAUGUUUUUUUUAUGAUAAGUUUAUUUUUAAGUUAAUUGGUUGGGUAUAUCAAUGAGAUUUCUGUUUUCCUGUUAUGUGGUUACUUAUUUGGCUAUGUACACUUUUUUACUAUACAUUCAUAGAUUAGCUAAAUCUUUUUUUAAGAUAAAGAGUACAAUUCUUUGCAAUUAUAUAUUUAAAAAAAAACUAAAAAAAGCUGGCUAUGUGAUUUUUUUUCUUCUAAAGGUAACUAGCUCUCUUUUUAACAUUUGUAUACAACCGCUAGCAAAUGAACUGUGUUGUGCUCAUUGUGCUGAAUGUUUGUGUUGGUUGUCAUUAAUAGUGCAUGAAAAUGGGCAAACCCAUGACUAUGUUAUGAUUAUCAGUGAUAAAGUGGUCAUGGUUGAUGAUCACACUAUUUACUUUAAACUGCUUAGAUAAUUUGCUGGUGCCAAGAUGGGUAUUCUAUACGGGCCAUAACGCAACACAUCCUGCAAGACUUCCCUGUUAGUGUAAUAGCUGAUGUAUUUAAACUGCAUUCACUGUUUUAAUAGGAAUGACUGUCUAAGUCUUUCUUGUCUUUAUACAAGACAGAAAGGAACUACAUUUGUGAAGAAGAAAAUUCCAAAAACCUAUUUCUUGGGAUUACACAAAUUAACAGUUUUUGUUGUUAACAAAAUGGAAAAUUUGCUGUAUAUAACUUAAAUUUACAUAAGGUAGCUUAUUGUCCCCUAAUAAGGUAGCAAAACUAUUAUCAGGCUCUAACCUGUUUUCUGAAUGCAGCUCAAUGGGUUAUACUGAAUGCAUUCUUAGGCCUUUGCACUUACUGUACCAACACGGUCUAAUUGUAUAAAAAUGUCCAAGGGAAGUCACUCACAGUAUCUUUUUGUGAGUGGUGUGAUUAAGGCUAAUUAUCCAAGCACAACUGCCAUUGCUUUUAUACAAGAUUUUUUUAAAAUACCAUCGAUUGUUAAUAUCAUUAAUAUCAUUGAUAGUUCAUUGAAAAAUGUUAUGAAAACCCAAGGCAAAACCUUGUUCAAAUCACAAAAGCUUCAGCUAAGCCAGUGCUUCUAAAUUGUGUUUCGAACAAGACAGCAAAUGCACAGUCACGCUCUGAUAUGUCCAUUCUCUUAUGCGUCCUUAAGCUCCUGUUUCAUAUAUUAAGAUUUUUUUUUUAAAUGAAAGCUGUGCUCAAAUGUGAGAUCACAUUACAGUUUGUUGCAAUUAAAACAUUACAGGAUGCAAGCUAGGUGACCCUUUUUUCAUGUUUUUUGGUAAUGUCCAAGCUCCACUCAACCAUCUGACUCUUCAUUGUACCAGACCCUCUUUUGAACUGAUAUCCCAACAUGUAAGUGUCUUGAUAUGACGCUGAGCCUGGGAAACCAGUCUUUCAUUCCCAGGGAUCGCCUUACAUUCUGAUGUGCCAUACAGGCUGGUGCCACUGCCACAGAAAACCCAUCUUGCAUCUAGAUAUUAAUUUAAUGUACCCCAUUUCAGUCAAGCUUUGUUGUUCCUUUAAGCAAACUAUGGCUUAUAUUUAUAGCUUAUUUUCCACUAUACUAUGGACACUGGUUUUUGAAUAAGCAUAAACACACCCAAAACAAGGAAAUUGUUACACAAACCAAUGAGUUAUAAAAGCAAAAGGAGCUGAACCUUUGUGUAGGUACUUUUAAUUUUGCACUUUUUCUUUGUGUAAAGUUUAAAAUAUCUUUAAAAGCUGAACAUUACCUUUAAUUAAAAAGAUUGAAAGA